AAGUUGCCUAUUACUGAGCCUUUAACCUUUGAGAGAAAUGGACGUUGUGGCUCCAAGAAGAUCCCUCUAGGUGUGGUGUGUUCUUGAUCCUUCAUUUCCCCCGUCUCUUCGCUUUCAAGAUUUAUCCAGUGUUUCCUGUCAUCCCGAGGCUGAAAGAAAGGAAAAAAUACAUCUUCUUGUAGGUAGGACCUAACUGUCGCUUGGUUUAAACGCCGUGCGCAAUGGCCGGAGUUGAUCACGAAGGCGAGAUGGCCGCGCUGCGGGAGACUCUACGGCAGCAGAGUCUUGCCGUCGAGAUGCUCAAGGCCGAGCUGGAGGAGGAGAGGCAGGCGGCGUCCUCGGGGGCCGACGAGGCGCUGGCCAUGAUCCUGCGGCUUCAGGCGGAGAAGGCGGCGGUGCGGAUGGAGUUGGACCAGUUCCGGCGGGUGGCGGAGGAGAGGAUCCUGCACGAUGAAGACUCAAUGGCGUUCCUCAAGGCCGUCGUCUUCAGCCAGGAGAUGGACAUCAGCUCCCUCAAGAAGCGCCUGCUUGCCGUCUGCGUCAGCAACGACCAAUACGCAGCGGCCUCUGUCGGGGAUGGCGCCUUCGACCUCCCAUGGCUGAGGAGACUGGCCAGGAACGGCUUGAUGUCGGGGAGGAACGCCUCUCUCCCGGCGGCGCGGCUCGAGGAGUUGUGCUCAGAUCUCGGUGCCGCCGCCGGCGGCGAGUAUGGCGACACUAGACCGGCGAGGACGGUGUCGGAUAUAGGGGAGGUGAUACGGAGGGAAAAGGAGUGGGUGCGGUCCAACGUGAGCCACAAGGCGCCGCCGCGGCUGCAUCGGUCGGCCUCUCACCACCUCCGGCGGGUGCCGAGCUACUCCGCGCAAUGUGGCAUGCCUUUUCCAGCAGUCAAUGUCCACGACAAGUUUGAAGCACCGGAGAGCGUUGCUUCCCACGCCCCUCCGAGAUAUAGCAGAAGGUCUUCGCCGGAGAUAAUCUCCGAGGAAGACGAACUGCUCUCAUCGUCCAGGCGGCGCGGUGAUCGAGACGGCGUCAAGCCUAGAAACGAGCACGCGACCAUUUCUGAAUUGGGAGCUGGCAUAGAGCAGAUCAAAUGCAGUGUAAAGAAUCUCGCGACCGAGCUCAGCAGAACGAGCGAAACCAGCCUGUCCAGAGGCGACGCGCAGACGCAAUUGCUGGCCGAGAUCUGCGCAAAGCUUGACGCCAUAAGCAAGCAUCAGAUCAAUGGUGUUCAUGGAGAUGGAGACAAGAGAAACACUAGCAGAGAGCAAGGCAGUUCUUCCAAGGGGGUGAAUCUGCCACAGAGUGAGCUUCUGAUGAACCAUUUCAUUGAGGUAUGUGCCAUCAUCUCCUCUGCUCUCCUUGCUAGGCCCUUGCUCGCAUCCAUGUCAUUCUUUAGGUGCGUCCUCAUUUUUGUCUUAGCUGUGGUGUUCACAAAAGCUCUGAUGAGUUCAUAUUCACAAUGAGUUUCUUUAGGUGCUACCUCAUUUUUGUCUUAGACGCUAAAGUUAAUUCCCACCACUUCACAUUUUAGUCAGUUACAGUAUUGUACUACUAAGAAAACAUCUCUCUGAGACAAUGCUGAAACAAGAAAUUAAUAUUCUUCAGCAUUGUUGUUAUUCGGUUCCUCGAUAAACAUUAUAUAGUAUUUUGCCAUGGUCAAUUUAUUUUUGGGACUGAAAUUUGUGUCUGAUGAUCUGAGGUGUUGUAAACUUGUAAUAGAGCAUGUUUCUAGGAAAAUAUUCUACUUCUUCUGACUAUUCAUUUCCGAGGAUAAUACUUGAUUCUAUUUUUUAUCUAGAUUAAUCAAUGUAAAAGUCCUAUAUGUUUCUCUCUUUUAUUUUCCUGGAAAUGACAGUGCGCAAUGUGUGCUUUGUUAUACUACCUGAGCCCGAAUUGAAUCAAGAAGCACACAACUUUAUUUUUCCUUAUUCUUAACUUUUAUUUUGGUUGUCGUUUUUGUGGUCUUUUCGAUAAGUAUUUCUUAUCAA